AUGCUGGAAGACAAACGCCAGAGCCCACGCUCCUUCCUCCACCGCGGCGACGGCGAGGCAGCCAAGCGACUGAAGCCCUGCAGCGGCAGGGACAGGAAAGACAAGCAGCUGGGUGACAAGGUCGUGGCUCUGCAGCAGCUCGUUUCCCCCUACGGGAAAACCGAUACUGCCUCUGUUCUGCAGGAAGCAAUGGACUACAUUUCUUUCCUUCAUGACCAGCUCAACGUACUCAGCGCUCCCUAUUUCCUCACGGCCGCCGCCGCGCCACUGAAGGAUCUCCGGAGCAGAGGGUUGUGUGUUGUGCCCGUGGCUGCCACGGCCGCUAUUGAUCGCACCAACGGGGCCGACCUCUGGGCUCCCACCAAGACGCCGCCUGCAGCAGCUACUACUAUUACUGCUGCUUCUCCCAGAAUUGAGAACCUAUCGCAGCAGCCUUUUUCAUUCUGUCAAUUUUGA